GAAAAGCUUCCGAGGUGGCGGAGCCGAGCGGCUGCCGCUCCGCGCUGCCUCCCGCCCUGGCGGUCGGAAUGGGGAAAGGCUGAACCCGAGGCGGGACGCUUUGCUCGGGGAGAGGAAAAUUCCAGCGGCGAGGAGCCCUUCCCCCGCUGCCGGCCCGGAGCGAGCAGAGCCGCCGCGGGGAGCGGGACGGGAGCGGGGCGCCUCUGCCCCUCCGCGGGUGACGGAGCGAAGGCGGCUCCGCCUUUCAGCUUUCUCGCCGCCAAGUUGGUUGUUUUAUUUUUCCUGCUUUUGUGUUUUUCUUUCCGCCGCCCGAGGCGGGGGAUGCUCGGCGGAGCGGGGCAGGUGAGGCGGGUCCCUGCCCCCCAGCACCCGGCAUGGACCCCCGAAGAAAGUCUAAAGCGCCGCCUCCUCCAUCUGAAACAAAACCGCUUUCUGUUCCUCCAUUUGAUGACGCAGAAUCAGCCAGCCUUAUCAUGGAACAGAAGGAGAAAGUAAUUGAUAAGGACAUUGAACUGUCAGUGGUCCUGCCAGGAGAUGUGAUUAAGUACACUACAGUGAAUGGGAGGAAGCCCAUGAUGGACUUACUGAUCUUUCUCUGUGCACAGUAUCAUUUAAAUCCAUCAAGUCAUACUAUAGAGUUGGUAUCAGCAGACAAUAACCAGAUUAAAUUCAAACCUAACACACCAGUGGGGAUGCUUGAAGUGGAAAAGGUGAUUGUAAAGCCAAAACAAAUGGAUAAGAAGAAACCUGCUCCAGUUAUACCAGAGCAAACGGUAAGGGUAGUGAUAAACUACAAGAAGACGCAGAAGACGGUAGUAAGAGUUAGUCCACAUUUACCCCUUCAAGAACUCAUACCAAUUAUCUGUAGUAAAUGUGAGUUUGAUCCUUCACACACUCUGCUGCUGAAGAACUAUCAGUCUCAAGAGCCCCUUGAUGUGACAAAAUCUCUUAAUGACCUUGGACUAAGAGAAUUAUAUGCCAUGGAUAUCAGUCGAGCUACAUCACCAGUUGAUUUAAAUUUACCAUCUUUGCAAGACUCCUACCAAUCUGAAAACUUAGAUGUUCUGAAGGAGAAAGAAAACAAAGGAUUUUUUAGCUUUUUUCAACGAAGCAAGAAGAAAAAAGAACAGGCUGCCAGUGCCCCAGCAACUCCAUUGAUGAGCAAGCCAAGGCCAACAUUUAUCACGAGAUCUAACACUGUUAGCAAGCAGUAUGAUUCAAACACCUUGCCGUCCGAAAUGCCAAAGAAACGCAGAGCUCCUUUACCGCCUAUGCCAAAUUCUCAGAGUGCUCCCCAGGAACUUGCACAAGCCCAAGUCAGACCGGCGUCUGGUAUUGCAAAAUCUAACAGCCUUGAUAGGAAUGAACAGGCUACUCUGGGAUUAGUACGGAAAGGUUCUCUGCCGCUCAGUGACACAGCUUCCCUGAACUCCUCUCUGCGGAGGAUGAAGCGCAAAGCACCCUCACCACCCUGUAGAGCACCAGAAGAUCAAAGUGAAAGCAGUAAUGAGACUGUAACAGAGUCAACAGAAUCGGCUCCUUAUGAAGUGGAAGAAAGAGCCACCGAAAUUCAAUCUGAAACAGGUGUAAGGAGCUCAGAAUACAACCUGGAAGAAAUUGAUGAAAGGGAAGAGAUGAGCGUGCAACAGAGAGAAGACAGUGAAAGUACAAAUUCCUCUCUUGGGAUAGGUGGGGUUACUGCAGCCUCCAGCUCUGCUGAGGUACCACUGGAAACUGCAAAAAAUGAUCCUGCUUCAUCAGCUCCAGUUCCUGGUGAUGUUUCUGUAGACAACUCACAAAUCUUCAAAGAGGAAAAACAAGAAAAUAUGAGCACAGAUGGCAAAGGACUACAGACAAAGAUAAGCAGUGAGCAAGCUGCGUUUGAAAAAGACAGGAAGCUUAGAAUUUUGGAUCAAAAUAAAACCGAUGAUCACAGGGAUACAGAAAUCCUUCCAACAGCAGAAGAAGGGAAAGAACUUCAGACAGCUAAAAUUAAAACAGUAGAUUUCAGAGAAAAUAACAAGAUUGAAGUUGACAGACUGUCGAACUGCCAGGCAUGUAAAAAUGACAUCUCUGUGAGUCGUAGAAAUUAUCCUCAACUGAUUCCAGAAAAGCAAGAUCAGAAAACAAAUCAAACCGGCUUGGACACAGUAAAAACACAGGAUGUUGCAAUCCAGACAGGUCCAUCAGAGACCAAUUUGGGAAGGACUACACAGAAAGCAGUUAUUGUUCCUCAGGUUUGUGAAUCAUCCACAUCAAGAGGACUGGUCUCUCCAUCCAACACAGAUACAAACACCCCCCUUCUUCAAGUGCAUGGAAUACAAGAGGAUGAAGAUACUUCAACAGAACAAAAUUUUGAGAGACAAGAAGUUACCCAUGAAAAAGGAAUUCCCAUAAAAGAUCAGGGUCACAUUUGUAUAAAUGGCAGUAGUUUUGCUUCACCAGAAACAACCGCAAAAAAUCCACAUGGCUCUCCUGUAAAAGGUCACCAUCCAUUUAGACAGGACACCAAACCUAAACCCAAGCCUGCUAAUGAAAUUACAAGAGAUUAUAUACCAAAAAUUGGAAUGACUACUUAUAAAAUAGUGCCUCCAAAAUCCUUAGAAAUAAUGAAGAGCUGGGAAUCGGAAGUGCCAUUAGAUCAUAAGGAUCAAGAGGUAUCUAGUUUGGAAAACUCUCUGAAGCAUGAAGGUGCCAAUGAAUUCACAGUGGAAGCUGAAAUUCCUCAUCUUCCAAAAAGCAUGGGUCUUUUACAGGUUGGUUCACAAAAUGAACCUGCAGCAGCAAAUGAUCUGUUGCACAGAGUGAACAGCCUUUCUGAACACGUUGUGAUGUCUGGACCUAAGAUUAUUACUGAGAGCAAACAGACAGAAACAGAGUCUUCCAAACAGCAUGUCCCAUUGAUGCUAAGCUUGGAUAAUAGAAAUGCUUCUUCUGAGACUCAGAGCAAUUUAAAUGCAUUGAGUCCUACAACAAAGCCUAGUUCCUUUUACCUGCAGAUGCAACGAAGAGCUUCGGGUCAUUAUGUGACAUCUGCAAUUGCCAGAAGUACCAUUUGUGCUCCUAAUUCCAUUAAAAAUGAAGCUAAAAACGCAGAGAUGGAAAUAAAAAUCUCAUCACCUGAUCCAACUUCUUUGUCUUUACAUAGAACAAGUACUUCCUCUUGUCCAGCAGAUGAAGAAAAAGUUGAUGAUGGAAAAAAUGUUGAAUCUUCCACUUCUCCUGUUAAAAGCAAUAAGCCUUUAAGUUUUUCCUCCUGUCCGCCAGCACCGUUGAACCUAAGCACUCUAAGAACUUUUGUAGUUCCAAAGCCAUACUCCAGUUCGAGACCAUCCCCCUUUGCUCUUGCUGUCUCAUCUGCAGUCAAAAGGUCGCAAUCAUUCAAUAAGACACGUACCAUCACUAGCCAGGCACUGAGAGAAGAAUUUCCUAUUGAACUCUCCUCUGCUGCUUCGACAGCUGAAUUCUCCUCAGCUACCUCUGUGCCUCAAGUGAAAAACUCAUCCUUACAGACCAUAACAGGAGGGUCACAAAAUAGUCUGAUAGAUAAGAAAAGCAGCACUGUGAAUAGUGAGCAGAAGAGUCAGGCACAGUCAGGUGCUUCCACUGACCACCACCCACCCCCUGUCACUAAGAAACAAACCGGCAUGGUGUUCCAGCGCUCUGACCCAGAACAGAUCCACCAGAGCUUGCUGGCUGCAAUUCGCUCUGGAGAAGCUGCUGCCAAAUUGAAAAGGGUUGGUCCUCCAUCAAACACCAUAUCUGUCAAUGGAAGAGCCCGGCUUACUCAUCUGUAUUCCACAGAAGCAAAAACUGAUCACUAGAUACCAUACCAAAUAUUUAGCACUUUACUACUGCUUCAUAGGCCAACUUAAUACUAACUGCAAAUUUUUGAUAUUGUAAAUGCAAGUGUAUGUUAAUAUAUUUUUGUCAGUUGUUAUAGGAAUUUCAUGCUGAAUCCUUCGAUGCCUUGGAAAGAUUAUUAGAAUAUGUAAAUUAUGGUAAUAUUUUGCCUUUUUCUCUUCUUAAAGCUGACUGUGCUGCUAAAAACGUUGAAGAUACUCUUCAACACAGGUGCAGGUGAACUUGCUUACAUUAGUAUGACAGUCAAAAUUUCUUGAUUUUAGCCUUCAAGACUGAACGAUAUGUAGCACUAUGCUGAAAUUACAGAUUUAAAGCAAUCUAAGAGUUUUAGAUCAUUAAUUUUCAAUUGUGUAUUAUGUUAACAGAUUGUAUGACUUUGAAUCUACCACCUGCUGCCUCCAUACUACUUUGUUAAAUUAAAUUUGUAAUUAGCAGAAAAUCUUAAUUAUAUGCAAUACUGUGCUUCUCUUUAACAAAUGGAUAGUUUUGUUCCUCCAGCUGAGAGUAGUUUGGAAAGGUAUUUUGAUUCUUUUAAUCUCCUCUAAUUUUUUCCUGGUAGCACAACAAAAAAAAGAUCAGGACAUAAAUUAUUGGAAACUUUUGUACUACUUAAACUUUUCUUAAUAGUAGCACUACAUGAUGUUUCUCAUCUGUUCUUGGACUACCUGUAUAUAUAGUAUUUACCUAGCACUCAGAUAAGCAAUAGUUUUUGUGAACUAGAUAUAUUUUAAUGUAGUCAUCAGCAAGUAGUUAUGUACUGAUAAAAUGAAAAUUCCAGUUUUGAUACUUAAUGAAAUAGAAGAUUUUUUUUUUUUCCACUGGAAGCAGGACUAAAGAAUGAACUGCUUUGGACUUAUUACUGUAAAAUAUUUUAAUCUUAAAGCAGCACAGUAACACACUUAUAAAGCAUUCUUGUAUCCAAAAGUAUCUAUUUAUUGAUUGAGCAUUAAAUACCAAAAUGAGAAUAUAUAUAUGAAAGGAUAAAGCUUCAUACUAUAUUUUAUCUACUUUCCGUUUCUUGUCAAAGUUAUGCGUUUUGGGGAGAGGGGUGGAAAUAUGAUCACACUUAUGAUGAAAUAGGUAGAUUAUGGAUGCGUGCAGCAAGUGCUAGGGUAUUUGCCAUAUUAAAAUAUUUUCUUGCUGGAGCUGAUUUAAAUAAAAGUAACUGUAUUUAGUUUCUAUUCUUUAACAAUGUAUUUAUUUUGUACUGUAGUGAUGUUCUGUAAUUCAGUUUCAGAAACUGAUCUAUAUGUGCAUUUCAAAGGGUUAUUAAUGGUUUGCUGACAGGUUUUUUGUGCAAUAAUCUCAGAGAGGUCUCUACUAUUUUUCUAGUACAGAGUCAAUUAUUGAUUACAAAUAACAGUGUUAACUUAAUGCUGAAACUCUUCAAGGAAUGUUUUAGUAAAUAAAAAUUCAUAGAGAGCUGAUGAACAUUUGUUCACUGCUGUUCUCUCAUGUUUUCUCUCCUGUACCUUAGUCCCCUGUCAAUGUAUGUUCACUUCCUUCAGCUCCUUCUCCUUGCCUCCAAUCAAGGGCUAAUUUCAAGAUCUGUCUCAGGGUCUGAUUGCAUCCUUCACUUGAAAAUGGGGAGAUAGAAUAUUUUUUUUUUCUAGUUUCUAACUGGGCUUAUGUUCUAGAUUUGACUGUGUCUUGAAGGACAGACUUUAAAAUUGUAACUUGCUCCUGGGACUCUAGUGGCUGUGUUUGUUGCAAUAUAUGAAAUCCAUGUUUUAAGCAUUCCUAUACAACAUGCCGAUCUGUGACUGCCACAGAGAGGUUGCACUGUGAAAGGAAUCUCCUUGAUUAUACUUUGGGUGAGAGGGGGAUACGUGUUUUUUCUCAAACCUUUGUAUUCUGUGCUAAGGUGACUAAAGUUAUUUCACAGGACUAAUAUAAUUUCCAUCUGUGAUAAUACAAGUCCAACUAUUCUGGUCUGGGGGUGAAAGAUCAACUAACCUUGCUUUGUUAUUGUUUCCUUUGGUUUUAACUAGAGGACUAUACUACUGUGUGUUCUUUAGCCCUAUAUAAGUACAUUGCCUUUUUGUGUGAACUCUUGGAGGCAAAUAUCUUAUGUAACAGAUACCAAAACUAAAAACACCUUGCUUGAAUUUUACGGCUUCUUAUUGUUGUAACUGAACUUGCUUGAUAAUUAACUGAAAUGUCUACACACAAUAGUACCAUGAAACUCUUCAAUGAGAUUUUCUGUUAGUAGAUGGCAAUACUGUUUAGCAAAACUUUCUCUUCUCCCCUUCUUCUGACAUCUAUUUAAGACAUUUAUAAAUCUUGCUAUUGUGUUUCUAGAGACUCAUUUUUCUCCUUGUACUCUUGUAUUAAAUCCUACC